AUGCCUCGUAAAGAAACGUACGCUGGCCCAUUAUCGGCACAAGCCCAACAAGAUCUUGUAUCAGAAGGUUUAGAGAAUUAUGAACUGCCGAAAAGUGUUGUGAUGAAGAUUGCAAAGUCUGCGCUCCCGGACAACGUGAAGCUGCAGAAGGAGACAGUCCUUUCUUUGGUUAAAGGUUCAUCGGUGUUCAUCAACUAUCUCGCCCACGACGUCGCACAAAACAAGCAACAUAAAAGCAUAUCCGCUUCCGAUGUGUUAAAAGCGCUCGAAAUGAUCGAAUUCGGUGACAUGGUCAACAAGCUCCAAUCUGAACUACUAAUCUACCGCGAAGUGUCAAAGAACGACAAAGGCAAGAAGGGAACAACCAAUGGCACUUCUUCUGCACGCAAAGCACCCCAAUCUAGUACAUCUGCACCACCAAAGAGCAAAGGCAAAGAAAAACCUGGCGCUCUUCCUCCACCAUUCACCUCCGCGCCUCUCGCGGCUGCUUCCUCGCACUCACAGGGGGACACCCCCAUGGACAUUGACGACCAAACUACCAGUAUAAGUGCCCAUGGGAGAUCCGCCGGCGACGACGAAGACGACGAGGUCAAUUCAGCAACGUCAGAUGGCGAGCUCGGCAACGCUUUAGAAGACGAUGCGGGGAUUGAAGAAGAGGAGGAAGAAGAGGAGCUAGUGGACAACGUUGCUUUGGAAGAAGAAGAGCUACGAAAUGAUAGCAAGGGAAUGGAUCGUGAUUCGGACUCUGAUAUGGUCUAA